UUCGUCCUGAUCGAGUCUCGAGGGGGCGCUUUCUUGGGGCCGUGGACAUGCCUGACACCUUCGAUUGCCCGUUGUGCGAGUAUUCGGUUCAAGAUCUUCUGGCUUUACACCAGCACGUUGUUUCGCACGUGCCUGGGCAUAGGCAUGCCGCUCGAGAAGCCGAAGUGGGCGCCGAAGCGCUGCGCCGACGAGCAAGGCAAUCGGGAGCGGACGAAGUUGCUGACGCAGAUCGGCGCCGGCGGCAGCGGUACGAAGCAGCAGGAGGCCGAGCUUCGAGACCUGAUCGCGGCGGUCUACCACACCUUCCUCAUCCCCGCCGCCUCGCCCAUUGCGUCCGCGAUGAAGCGGGCGGGCCAGGAGUACCACGCCCACGCCAAGCAGCUGAAGGCGAACGGCGGGCAGGACGGAAGCGGCGGGGGCCACGACAUCCUUGGUCCGCCAUUUCUUCACGUGUUCAAGGCGCUGGUCAAGGCAGCGCACGAGACGGAGGACCCGAAUCAGACGGCCUUCUGGACGAACCAGGUACUGAAGGAGGAGUUGCACUCGCUGGCGGAGCAGAUCCGCCACUGCAGGAGCAAGGACACUCGCAAGAAGGAGAACGCAGGAGAGAUGAUGAGGAUCACGAUCUGCUUUUCGAACGACUGGCGGGACCUCGAGGCGGCGGUGUGCUCGGCCAUCAAGAAGGAGAACGGGGUGAAGAAGAUCGGCCCACCGCCGAGGGGCCCGCUGGCGAGGGAGGCCUCGAAGUUGCUGGAGGAGCUGAACAACCUCAGCUGA